AAAUAGAGAUGAAUGAUUUGACAUGUCUCCUUAAUUUUAAAAGAGAACAGUUUCAUAUACAUAUUAGAAAGUAAAGAAAUGAGAAGCAAUUUAAAGAAUCAAGAAAACAUUACAUCUCAUCACUUUUUUGUUAGUAAACAUAGAUGCAAGAAAUAAGUGCAAAAAUAAGAGAGAAAAUGGAGAAAGGUGAAGAAUUAAGUGGAAACCUAUUAAUAAUGAUACUUGAAAGGAUUGAAGAAGUUUUAGAGAGAGAAAAUAAUCUUAAAUUAUUAGAUGUAGUUUAAUAUGAUUAUAUAGACUAUUGAUGCUGCUAUAUGGAUGAUAAAAUCAGUAGAUAUCUAAACAUAUGAAGAUGAACUGAGUGAUAAUUGUAUAAUGCAAAGAAUAAUAGAUAAAAUGAUACAACUUUCUUAAGGAUAUUCCAUCCAUAAUGAACAUAUGAACUAAUAAAUAAUCAUAUAUGCUGCUAAAGUAAUAUAUUUAUAUUAAGUAGUUUCUUAAAUAUUGGACAUUAAUGGAUGAUAAAUUGAUUUAUAAUUACUAUGGUGAAGUGGCAGAAACAGUUUAUUUUCUAAUUAAUAAAUAAGAAGUCAUUUUUAUUAAAAGAGGAGUUGAAAUUAUGCUUAAUCUAUUUGAAUGUGAUGAUGGAAGACUUUUAUAUAAACUUCAUGAACUCCUUAUUUGUGGUCAAAGUUUAGUUAAACCCAUUUGUAUUUUAAUUUAAAAUCAUCUCAAUUUUGACAUCUAAACAACUCUUUGGAAAAUUAUUCUUUAAACUUUCUUAAUGUAAAAUAGAAAUGGAAUGAAUCAAUAUCUAAAUUAUAUUAAUGAAGAUAAUAAAUCAACUUUCUUUGAUAUUUUAAUUGAAUUAGUUUAAGAAUCUGAAGAGAAUAGUAGAAAACUCUUUCGUUAUUAAUUACAUUUAAUUCAUUUAAUACUAGAGUAUUCCCAAUAUGAAAGAGAACUAUUGUAUGAAUAUAUCAAAUAGAAAAUGAAUUCUUCAGAAUUUAAAAUUAAAAUUAAGGAUUAUUGGGCAUUUCAUGAAUGGAAUUCAAUACAAAAUGUUGUCCAAUAAAUUCAAACACAUUUAGAAGAAUGA